AUGCGCGUCCAAGCUCUCCUCACCGCCGUCGCGGCCUGCGUUUCCAUUGCUUCCGCCGCACCCAUCACCUCUGAAGCCUACGGCCCGCCUAUCAACCCUCACAUCCCCGCCGUCGAGGUGAAGCGUGACACCGUCGAGGCCUAUGGGCCGCCCAUCAACCCUCACAUUCCUGCAGUCGAAGAGAAGCGCGAGACUGUUGAGGCAUACGGACCUCCCGUCAACCCCCACAUCAUCUCGAAGAAGGACACCGUCGAGGCCUAUGGUCCCCCGUUGAACCCUCACAUUCCCACUGUCGAGCAGAAGCGCGAAACCGUCGAAGCAUACGGGCCACCAGUCAACCCGCAUAUCAUCUCGAAGAAGGACACUGUGGAGGCGUAUGGUCCUCCGGUGAACCCUCACAUCAUCUCCUAG